CCCGCGCAGCCGCCGCCGGAGACGCACGCGAUGGCGGCGCUGGUGGCGACGAGCAUGGGGGUGGUGCGGGAGGUGCUGGGGGACUCCGUCGUGGACGAGGUGGACGAACCCAUCGUCGACUACAUCGCCAACGUCCUCGCCGACCAGGACUUCGACUUCGGCCCACCCGACGGCCACGGCAUCUUCGAAGCCCUCGGCGAACUCCUCAUCGACGCGCGCUGCGUCUACGACAGGGAGCACUGCCUCGAGGUCUGCGCUAAGCUUUGCGAGAAACUGGGAAGCCAUGGCAUCGUGAAGCCCAAGCAAGCCGUGCGGAGCCUCGCUGCGCCUCUGCGCAUGAAUGCGGGGAUGGAGGAGGAGAAAGCUCCCAAGAAGGUUGAGUAUAUUUUCGAUGCGCCCCCGCUAUCCUCACGCGACAAAGCCAAGAUUGAACGCAACAGGAGGAAAGAAGAUAGGCAAAGAGAGGCCCAGUAUGAAAUGCAUGUUGCUGAAAUGGAGGCGCUCAGGGCUGGGAUGCCGCCAGUUUAUGUAAAUCACAGUAAUGUUGGCGGGUCUACCAUUAGGGAUAUCCAUAUGCAGAAUUUCAGUGUUACUGUUGGUGGCCGUGAUCUUAUUCAAGAUCAGACUCUAACGCUUGCCUUUGGAAGGCACUAUGGUCUUAUUGGAAGAAAUGGUACUGGAAAGACAUCUCUUCUCAGAGCUAUGGCGCAACAUGCAAUUGAUGGAAUUCCUAAGAACUGUCAGAUAUUGCAUGUUGAGCAAGAGGUCACCGGUGAUGACACGACAGCUUUGCAGUGUGUGCUAAAUGCAGAUGUUGAACGGGUUCAGCUUCUGCAAGAGGAGACCCGUUUGGGUCAACAAUUGAAAGAUCUAGAGGACGGGACAGAGUCCAGUCUAGACAAGAUCAAGGAUGGUCUUGACAAAGAUGCUAUCAGCAAGAGGCUUGAGGAGAUAUAUAAGCGACUUGAGUACAUUGAUGCAGAUGCAGCAGAGGCUCGUGCGGCAUCAAUUCUAGCGGGUCUUAGUUUCACUCCAGAAAUGCAACUUAAAAAUACGAAAGCAUUUUCUGGUGGAUGGCGCAUGAGAAUAGCGCUAGCACGUGCUCUAUUCAUUGAGCCAGAUUUGCUGCUGCUUGAUGAACCGACAAACCAUCUUGAUCUCCAUGCUGUGUUAUGGUUAGAAACAUAUCUCCUGAAGUGGCCAAAGACUUUCAUUGUUGUGUCCCAUGCUAGAGAGUUCCUGAAUACGGUUGUCACCGACAUUCUUCAUCUACAUGGCAAAAAGCUGCAUGCUUACAAAGGUGACUACGACACAUUUGAGAGGACAAGGGAGGAGCACCUCAAGAAUCAGAUGAAAGCCUUUGAAACAAAUGAGAAGGCCAGAGGGCACAUGCAGGAAUUCAUUGACAAGUUCCGGUACAAUGCAAAGAGAGCAUCGCUUGUUCAAUCGAGAAUUAAGGCAUUGGAGCGAAUGGAACAUGUUGAUGCAGUUGUUAGUGACCCAGACUAUAAAUUCGAAUUUCCAACCCCAGAGGACCGCCCUGGACCCCCAAUCAUUAGCUUCAGUGAUGCAUCAUUUGGUUAUCCAGGAGGGCCUAUUUUGUUUAAAAACUUGAACUUUGGUAUUGACCUCGACAGCCGUAUAGCAAUGGUUGGUUCAAAUGGCAUUGGCAAGUCCACUAUACUUAAAUUAAUUUCUGGGGACCUGCAGCCAACUUCGGGAACGGUCUUUCGCUCGCCCAAGGUCCGAAUGGCUGUAUUCAGUCAACACCAUGUUGAUGGACUUGAUUUAACGGUGAACCCCCUUUUGUACAUGAUGAGAUGUUUUCCGGGUGUACCUGAACAGAAACUGAGAUCACAUUUGGGUUCCUUUGGUGUCUCAGGAAACCUUGCCCUUCAAUCUAUGUACACUUUAUCAGGUGGUCAGAAAAGUAGGGUUGCAUUCGCAAAAAUCACCUUCAAGAAGCCACACAUUAUUCUUCUUGACGAGCCUUCUAACCAUCUUGAUCUCGAUGCAGUGGAGGCGCUCAUCCAGGGUUUACUCAUAUUCCAAGGAGGAGUGCUGAUGGUGAGUCACGACGAGCAUCUGAUCACAGGAAGUGUCGACGAAUUAUGGGCAGUGACAGAUGGCAAGGUCGGUCCGUUCAGAGGCACGUUCAAGGAGUACAAGAAGAUGCUCACGACAUAAACCUGGAAAAGGAAUGGGUGCCGUGCACGAACUUGUAACCUGAGAGAUAUACAGACAUACAGAGACAAAGCGCUAUUUAUGUAUCAUAAGUACUCUGCCUAUAUGGUGGAGUUGAUGUAUGCAACCAUCGUCAUCACAUGCUCCUCACCUUUUUGAGCUUUGAGCAGAAAGGCAUUGCUGCUAAAUGUUUUUUUUGCCCCAGCGUGAGAUUUUGUAUCGAUGUACAGUUGGAUACAUCCCUCUGUUUGCUGUUGAACUGCUAUCAUGCUGCAUUACACCUCGUCUACUGCAUUUAUACAUACCGGAGAACUGCUCCUUUCGUGCGGUUUCAAUAUAUAGAGGGAUCAGAUAUUGCUAGUAA